GUAUGUUUUGGGUACUCGUUUGAUCUCUAUCGUCAUAUAAGAGUGUAUCUGUGCUAUACAGAUGCUGUCUUUAUUAUACUCUAAGAGACUGAGCUGCAGUAACGCAAUAAGAUGGAAACUUUAGAAACUUCCGCGUCCUGUCAACCAGUUCAACCGGUUUCGCACAAUCAACCAACCCUCACUACCUGAUAACACCUUCGCCAAUGUCAGAGACUUAUUGGCUGAUACGUAAAUCUAUUAUUCAUAGUGCCACCCACUACCAGUGUGUCUUAGCCAAUCGGGAAUGGGACAGGAACACCGUUCUGAAGGGCGUGCAGUGAUUGGUUGUGUAAUGUGCGUGUCAAUUUUGGUUGAGGCCUCGGGGAGAGUGAAUGAAAUGUGCAGGUUGGUGAUGCCGGAGCGCGGGGAAUCCGCCCGGGGCCGGUGAGAGGAGCAGUGGAAGACUGUAGCACUUUCCUGCUCCGUAGUCUUUUAGUCAGCUCGCAGAGAUGCAAGGUGUUCGGACUGUUCUGGGCCCAUUAGUCGCCCUGCUAUUUACUGUGCUGGGGGCGCUAGCCGCAGAGGGAGCAGGCCUGGCAGAUAAAGUUAUAUGGGCUGUGAAUGCUGGAGGCGAGGCACAUGUGGACGUGCAUGGUAUCCAUUACCGGAAGGAUCCGCUGGAGGGUAGAGUGGGAAGAGCAUCUGAUUACGGUGUGAAGCUGCCCAUCUUGCGUGCAAAUCCAGAGGACCAGAUAUUGUACCAGACAGAACGCUACAAUGAAGACAGUUUUGGUUAUGAUAUUCCCAUUAGGGAGGAGGGAGAAUAUGUACUUGUGCUCAAAUUUGCUGAGGUGUAUUUUGCACAGUCUCAGCAGAAGGUGUUUGAUGUGCGUGUGAAUGGCCAUGCUGUUGUGAAGGACCUUGAUAUAUUUGAUCGAGUGGGACACAGCACAGCCCAUGAUGAGAUUAUUCCCAUAAGCAUCAGAAAAGGGAAGCUCAGUGUGCAAGGGGAAGUGUCCACUUUCACUGGAAAACUCAGUGUAGAGUUUGUGAAGGGAUAUUAUGAUAACCCUAAAGUAUGUGCGUUAUAUCUCAUGAAGGGAACCUUAGACGAGGUUCCAAAGCUGCAGCCUCAUCCUGGCCUUGAAAAAAAAGAGGAGGAGGAAGAAGAGGAAGAGGAGGAGGGCUCCCCUAGUAUAAAAAAGCAGAGCAACAGGAACCGUGUGCAGUCUGGUCCUCGCACCCCCAACCCAUAUGCAGCUGACAACAGCAGCCUCAUGUUCCCCAUCCUGGUGGCCUUUGGUGUGUUUAUUCCAACACUCUUCUGUCUGUGCCGGCUAUGAGGGACUGGCUACUGGCCAUUUUUUCCCCCUCACUUUCUCUUUUGCUUUCUCAAUAAUUAUUUUUUUUUUUGUAAUUUAUCGACUAUGAAGCUGCAGGAAGCCCCUUUGUUGCUCUGGGGAUGAAACCCUUAAAAGAAGCCAGUCUGUCACAUCAUGACAUCAUCAUGGUUACAUGUAAAAAGUAUAUGGAGCUGCAGUUCUUUCUGCACAAUUUCUAAAACUGUUGAAGCCUUCAUAACAAUCCCUCUGUAUUCAGAGGAUAUAACUGAGAUAUAUAUAUAUAUAUAUAUAGAUAGAGAAAUGGCUGCAGCUCAAAAUCAUCUAUCAUUUCAAUAGGGGCUGUGUGAUUUCUGGAUGGUGAUUGAGAAAGCCCUAUCAUUUUUGGUCAUUCUAAAACAUAAUUUUCCACACACACACAAAAGAAAAAUCUAGUUUCUCUGAACUAUACAGGAUACUGUUUUUGUAGGGGGAAAGGACAGGUACGAAUUUUAUACCCCCUCCAAAUGCUGUGAGACUAACUGGAUGUCAGCCAGGAUCUGGAUUAUGGAGACAUCUCCUUGCUAUGCACACAGUAAUGUUGGUGAAAGCUUUGAGUUCUCUCAUUUCCAUGGUGUCCUUGGUAUUACAGGGCAGGACAGCAAUCUGUGAAGAUGGGAUUGAUCAGCAUACCUUUUCUGAGGAUGCAGGGCCAAAGACAAGACAUGCCAUUUCUUCACUUCUUAUUUGCAUCCCCCUUCAGUGCUUUUAUUCAUCAAAACCACUCGUAUGUCCUGUAUUUUAUGGUUCUUUUGAUCAGAAAUGGUAAUGGGUGGAUAAGGCUAUGAAUCGCAUGCCUACUAAAUGUAAACCAUGCGUUCUCUCGUUUCUCCUAAAAAAAAAAACCUCCUUAUUCCCUAUUGUAGAGGAAAGUAGAAGCUUGGAUUAUACUUUCCUCUAUAAAGUGAAGGGGUAAAAAAGUUCCUAUGAGUCACCUAGCUAUAAGUCUGUUUUGGAAGUGUAUAGAAAUAUAUAUCGGUGGAAGCUUAAGAUAAUGUCUGAAGUAGCCUUAAUACAAUCUUUAAUAAAGUGGCCUCUAAAAUCUGAAGAACAUAACCCUAAGAAAUAUAUAUAUUUAUGGUUACAUAGGUUUAAGGGUUUUAGUUAAGGGCAGUGCAGUUUUAAAUUAAUUUAUUCACAGCAACUCAUAAUAGGGUGUAACAUUUUCAGGAAAGAGUUUACCUAUAUGGGGCAGAAUAAAUUAUAUAAAAGUCCCUAGAAUUUAAGAGAAUAUGAUUUUUCAAACUAUUUAAAAAAGAAAACUAUCUUAAAAGUUCUCAUUUUGCUCAUUUGAAAAGCUCCUCUGCACUGUGUAUUGUCUGUUACUAAUGCAGAGACAAAAUGAAAGUGUAGAGCACUGAAAGAGCAAAGUAUUUGCUUUCCAAAGGAACAGUGUGGGAGCUUUGAGUGGAGGUACUUUUUUUUUGUUACAAAACCAUGUUCUUUUAAAUGUCCCUAUAAGUUUAUGGUGUCCAUAGUAGAGCUAUAUCUGCUCCUAUUCGGGGCUCCGUCUGUAGAAGCUAAUGUGAAAUGUGUCAUUUGUUUAAAAGAAUAUAUUAUAAAAAUGCUUGAAAAAUGUGA